AUGUCGUUGCUGGAUUUUCCCGAUGAAUUGUUGUUAAAGGUGGCUAGUCUUCUUCCUCAAAAAUCGCUUUUGAACCUCAGUUUCACCUGCCGUUCGAUCCAUACAAUCGUAACACCAGAUCUCUAUCUGAAUGUUCUCAUCAACUCGUCAAAGCGGGUCUUUGACGAAGAAUUUGAUAUUAAAACUAAGAGCUUCGGUUGUGAUCUCAGACCGCCCGUGGUGAUCCGCUCGCUCUUUGCUCUCUCUCGUUUCUUUAAAAACCUAGCUUUGAACUCAAGAUAUGCUAGUGCCUUGCGGCGUUUGGAGGUCCAGGGAUCAUUUCCAGACGUGCCUCAACACGAUCUUGACUGUUCUUUACAGGCCGUUUUUCCUUUGCUCGUUAACCUUGUGGUGUUGAGAUGGUACUGCGAGAACUCUCCUUUGGAUGCGUCUCUUUUGAACCUAUUGCCAAGUGCUGAAAGCCUCCAGGUUCUUGGUGGUAAUUUCAUGUUCAAUUCUUUUUCUUCAGUUCCCUCAGAGUCGCGCAUUCGAAUUCUUGAUGUGUCAAAUUUCGGAACCUCUGAUGUUGUUGCUGGGAUCCAUCUUGCUCACUGUCCACGAUUGACAUCCUUAAAAAUCGCUCGCCUACCUUCCAAACCAAACAACGCUUUGUCGGAAAAAUCUUCUUCUCCGAAUGUGGUGAAUUUAUCGGACUCUUAUUCUGGUGGAAAUAAGGGUUUGUCGUAUGUUUCUGCCUUAUUUCUGCCUAAACCUUCUUUUGCUCUACAAUUAGAAGAGCUCACACUCGCUGACAUAUCGAUCUCUGCGAUGGAUGCAGAGCUUUUAUCCAACUCCAUCAAUCUUACACUCCUUAAAAGCUUCGCUAUAUAUAAUUGCGUUGAGAUGGUAGACCUGGAACACCAAACUUCUCAUCGUGUCAUAAGACGGACGCUGCCAACGAACACAUUUUUCAAGAAAAUUGUAUCCUAUCUCGCAAACUUGAAGCUGUUGGUUUAUGAUGUGAAGAACAACUACUGCGAAGAUUCCAGCAUCUUCGGUUCAAUUGCGCAGAUCCAUGCCUUAGAAGAAUUGUCUAUGAGAAUGCAUCUUUACCGCCAAAAUGGAAAGGUGGAUUUGACGCCAUUCAUCAAUAAACUUCAGAAACAUUCAGCUUCUUUGGAACGGCUUGAGUUGUUCUGUGACUUCUCGGAGAUGCCAAACGGUCCCCUGUGUUCAGUGUUCAGUCAACCGGUGCACAUUCGGUCCCUUGUAUCAUUAUCAAAUUUUACAAAGUUGCGAAUUCUCGCCAUUCCGAUUGUUCAGGAACAGCUUCUGGUUUUGUUUGAGUCAUUGCCUUGUGAGUCUGCCACCAUUCUUCGACUCGCUGUCACUGAUCAGCAGUCUUUCAGUUCCUUCAGUUCUUGUAAUAGUUGCACCAAUGGUGCUAUGUACGAAGUUUACAACUCUGUUUGUCUCGUGUCCCAGGAAUUCUUCUCGUGUCCCAGCACGUUCGGUAGCAAGAUCGUAGAAACAGGCGAACAGAUAUACAUGGAUCAUGCUAAUCGUUACAAAGAAGUUGCGAAGCGGUUGGAAUAUGUCCGUUUUGAUUUCAAAUCGCAAUCUUUGCUUUUUGAUUGUCGCUUUCCUAACAAAGUUAUAACCAAGGAUGCCAUAUACCUAGACCACUACGAUAACCUUACCCACAAAUAUUGA